AUGAAUACCGAACAUGAAUCGGAUGGUGAUGCACAUCAUAUCAGUGCUCAAAGCAAUACAGAUAGUGAAGUGGAUGCUGACAUACCAUCUUUGGAUUCAGACAAUAAUGACUGCAGACUCUCGGAGUUGCAACAAGCUGAUCAUACAGAAUAUUAUAAAGGCAAAGAUGGGGUUACAAAAUGGCAAAAAAACCCAUACAGGCUUGCAAUUCGUAACAGAGCUGAAAAUAUUAUUUAUCAUCUACCUGGCGUAAAAUCAGUUGCGAGAGACAAGAACUCACCUAUUCAGUGCUUUUCUUUAUUUAUUACUGAAUAUAUGAUUGCUAAAAAUUCGUUUGCAAUCUACUAA